GUUUUACUCUGUGUUUUCAUUUACUUUUGACGUUUUGAGGUUUGCUAUUGACGUUUUCUACGGUCAUCGCCGUGCCCAUUGCGUCCAUCAUUUGCGCGAGUUGUGUGUGUUGCUUUGUGAGCCGAGCCAAGCUGUGCUGUUUUGUUUAUUCCAAAGUUUCGUAAUAAUAUUUGUCUUAUUUAUUGUUGUGCAGUGCUUAGUUAAUUACUUAAAAUUUAUUAUUCGAGCUGCCGUUGACCUUUGCUUGCUUUACGCGCUAGUGCUAUAAAAUUCACAAACAAAAACAAAACCAACAAAAUGUGUUCAAUUAAAAUCGUGGUACAAAUUUUACUAAUCUGCGUCGCGUUAAGUGGCACGGCGUUGGCUAUAAAUUGCUAUGUCUGCGACGCCUCUGACACCAAAACACCCUUCCAGUGUGGUGAAUGGUUCGAACGCUUCGACGAUCCCGAUAUUCAGCCACAGAACUGUUCCAAUGUGCACGAGGCAAAGUAUUGCAUUAAGCACAUUGGACGUUACGAGGGUGGCAUCGGUGCGAAACGCUUCUGCUCUUCCAAGGAUUUGGGCAACUACUGUGAUUAUGUGAAGAACAAAGGCGAUCGCAUGGAUUAUCGCUCCUGCAUCUUUACCUGCGACACGGAUGGCUGCAAUGCAGCGGGUGGCAUGAGACCGUGGUUAGCUGUAAUCGUCGGGACUUUACUUUUGGCCAGAUUUUGGCAUUGCUGAGUAAGCUGGCGCUAAGCUAUGCGCAUGAGUAACUCGAAAUAUUUAGUUUUAAGCUUCAUAGUUCCACAUCUUUGUAAUUAGCUAUUUUAUAAUUAAUUUGUGGUCUGUAAGAAAGUGCCUUCUAUUUUUCAAGUCUUACGUACAAUUAGUUUACAGUAAACAAAAAUUUAUAC